AUGGAGAAAGUUUUACGGCGAGCUGCUCUCGCGAGCAACCAGGCUAAACGCAAGGCAAAGGCAGUCCUCGAAAAAGACCGCCGAAACAAGCUUCAGGGAGACCUGAGGGAGAAGUUUGCCUUUAACCGGAGUCUUCUGGAUGAAGCAAUUGAGGAGCGAAAGAACCGCCGAGAAGACUGGUUGAAAGGGCCUUUGGCUCCUCGGAGGAAUUUUGGCGAACGCGAUGUGCUUUAUGGAACAGUAUCGACCAACCGUCUACGAUUGCCCAGAGUCCCCGAGGCGAAGAGGGUGAAAUAUGUGACUUUUGCUCCAGGCGAUCGUGUAUGCAUGGUCAAGGGAAAGGACAAGGGAAAGAUCGGUAAAAUUCUUCAAGUAGAUGAAGAAUCUCAAAGUGUCACUGUUGAAGGAGUGAAUAUGUUCGACGUGGAAUUCCCUUCAUUUGCGUUAGCAGAAGACAAUGACAAGCGCCCAUACCGCCCAUAUCCUGUUCCAAACUCAUUUGAGGACGUUCGGCUCGUGGUCCCCCUCCAGGAUCCUGCUACCAACACGGUAAAGGAUGUUGUUGUCAAGCAUGCCUACGGAGCUGGCCCUUUCCUGGACCGCCCAUACGGCUCAUCUACUCCACGACACACACGGUAUAUCUCGGGGCUAGACAUUGAGAUCCCCUGGCCCGAAACCGAGGAGCCAGACUUCAAGGAUCAUCCAAUUGAUACCCUCCAGAUCGAAGUGGAAAACAAAACGUACAUCCCAUCUCUGCAAACGUAUCCAAUGCCCAGCUCGGUUAUAGACGAGCUGAGAAACAAAUACUCGAAAUUCCGUACCCGGCACGAUCCAGAAUAUAUUGCGAAGAAGGAAGAGGAAGCUGCAUUUGAACAGUGGUCCAAGCAACGGACGCUCCUGACUCCCCAAACCGAGUAUUUGACGAAGAAGGCCGAGGAGAAGCGGCAGCAGAGAGAACAGGAGAAGGAUGAAAAUGGCAACUUUAAGCUAUCUGAUGAGACCACUAAUUUUAUUGAGAAUUCCAUGGCAAAGAAGCAGCAGCAGGGCCAACGCAGGACAAAUGUCGCAUAA